AUGUCCCGACCUGAAGAAUCUACUCCCACCCAAGCAGCUACGCGAGACAACGAGGCCUUUGUCCCCGAAGACAACGACACCGCUGUUUCCGACGAUGACAACGAGACCGUCAGGCCGAACGUCCCCUCCACUAGACGUACUACCCUCGGCAACGGCGCUACUGCACCCAGCCGUACUGCUGACAGUAGACGCCUCCCCUCUGUGGAGAAGACUACCGAGGUGGAUGAGAAUGGAAAGACGUGCAAAGACGACCCCUCGACAAUACAAUCCAAGGCUUGCCCUGAAGAAGGCCUGUAA